ACCACCUAAAAAAUAUUUAAACGAGUGCGAAGGUUAAAGGGCUUCGAAAGGACUCCAGCACAAACUGAGCCCAUUUACGGCCCGCGAAGGCCCCUUUUCUCGGCAAGCUGGAAAUCUGCGGUCACCGUCAACCACCGACCAUUUGAAAUCUGGCUGCUGCCAUGCGCUCUUGCGCAAAGCUUAGCGCCGAAGCGUCCUCUUCCACCACCCCACCUUUUUUUUUAUAUAUAAGAGCAGAAGAGGCGGCGCGCGUGGGGGAACCGAAGAUGGAGUCGACGGCGCCUGCCCGCUGCGAGAUCGCGCGCCUGCCGGAGGACCUCGUGUCGGCGACGCUCGCUCGGACCGCGCCGCGGGACGCCUGCCGCGCCGCCGCGGUCUCGCCGGCGUUUCGCGCCGCGGCCGACGCCGACGCCGUCUGGUCCGGCCUGCUGCCGCGCGACCUGCCCCCGCUCGCGGACGGGGAGCUCCCCGCCGAUCCUCUGCCCAAGAAGCAGCUCUUCAUGCGACUCUCCGACCCCGGCUGCCCCGUCCUCCUCGCCGACCGCCUCACGAGCAUGUGGCUGGACAGGGCCACCGCCGCCAAGUGCUACAUGCUGUCCGCCAGGAAGCUGGGCAUCGUGUGGGGCGAUACGCCGCAGUACUGGCGCUGGAUCCCUCUCACUCUCACCGACUCCAGGUUUUCAGAAUGUGCAGAACUCCUGGCCGUUUGCUGGUUGGAAAUCCGUGGCAAGAUACAUUGCAAGAUGCUCUCCCAGAACACCACUUACGCCGCCUACAUGGUGUUCAAGAUGUCCGAUAGAUCCUAUGGGCUGGACCUGGAUUAUCCACCCCAGAGGGCUGAAGUUAGCACUGGGGUAACCAAAUCCACUCGUCGUGUUUGCCUCCAAGUCUAUGACAGCGAGGGCGAGGACCAUCGAGGACCUCCUAUGGAGCACGUACAUCACGCUCAGACAAGAACCGAUGGCUGGAUGGAGAUGGAGAUGGGUGAGUUCAACAACGAAGAAUGUGAAGAUGGCGAGGUGUCCAUCAGUCUCACGGGGAGAGGCGGUCACUGGAAGAGGGGUCUUAUUCUGCAUGGCAUUGAAAUCAGGGUGAAGAAAUAAGGCUCGGAACGUUGUGUGGGAAACGAGCUUUGAUUUGUAGGCCGGGUUUUAUUGGUCUAAUGUUUUCAAGGGAUGUACAAAAUGCCAACAGUUUGGUAAUGUACAAUUGAUACCUGCUCCAACGAUGUAUUCCAUUAUAAAGCCGUGGUCAUUUCAAGGCUGAGGGUUAGACUUUAUAAGGCAAAUUCGUUCUCAUUGUUCCAAAGGACACCACUCUGUGUUGGUGACGACAAAUUAUUUCACAAAAUACGCCAAAGAGGCAUCUUUGAAGAAUGUGACGUACAAAGAGAUUGUAUUUACAUA